AUGCUCAAAUGUAUUCCUGGUCUGGCCGAGUUCCCCAACAUCCAGGACCCGACACACCAAGAGAACAUCAUGGCUGCCGCCGUCAUUCUCCGUCAGUACGAGGAGAUGGAAGAAGAGACCGGCGAAGGCAGAGGCAGAAUGGAAGCUGAGUAUGACGACGACGAACGCGUCAACUUUCUGGCUGUCACUCAGAGAAUCAUUGACUCUGUGAUCGCCUCUCCGCUGGAUCAUUCGCUGGCUACGGCCGCAUAUUGGAUUGUCAUUCGGCAAGAGAUCUAUUAUGCCUUGACAAGGGAGACGGUCCCGCAUUUACGGUUUGAUUCUGACCGUUGGCCCAAUGCUUCCAUCGCCAACAAUAUGAUCAUGUUCGUCGGUAAAGUCGCUCAGUGGCGCUGGGGGCAAAAGAGCCUUGAUGAGUGGACACGACUCAAGCUGGAUGAGCAGAAACUGAUUCGUGAAUCGCUUGGUAAAAUGGAACCGAUUCUGGAACUCAAGGCAGAUCGAGCGAAAGGCCAAAUAUUCCCGACGGUCUGGUACAGCUUCGAUGUCCACGCGACGGCAGCACAGCAUUUCCAACUGGCCCAAAUGAUCUUGACUGCGGAGAAUCCGCAACUUGAGUAA